AUGACUUAUAUUACAGAUGUGAUUAUGCCAUUACUUCGAGCUAGUUUAAGUGACUUGCCAAAUGAAUAUAUUUGUUUGAGCACAGCUGAACGUCAAAGCUUAGCAAGUAAGGCACGUAGAAAUGGUGGUACAGUCGAGGAAUUAGAGCAAAAGAAUAUAAAGCUUGAGACUAGGCUCGCUAUAUUAGAACAGGGAAAAGAAGAAAAAAGUAUUUCUACGGAAGAUGUUUCGCACUCUCCAGCGGUCUUGCAAAAUAAGAAUGCUCCGACAUCUGAUGUAUUCAAUAAUGUUUCAAAUUCUGACAAAUAUCAGUCUCAAGUCUCCGAUUCAUCUUUGACUAUACCACCUAUAUGUAGUAAUGAAGCUUCUGCUUCUCAAGCCCAAAACUCAUAUUCGGAUAGCUCGCCAAAAUCUCAUGAUGAAUUACACGUCAAACAAAUUUCGGAAUUGCAAUCUAUUCCUAACACUUUUAAUUUACCUGAAGAAUUCUCAGAACAAAAUACGGACUUACAGAAAACAAAAAUCCCUGAAAUAGACAUACAACCUUUGAUAGAAGAAUUAAGAAUAGAACCUUUAGCGGAAGAUACUGUUAAAGUUGUUAAUGUAAAUAAAAAUUCUACAGAUAGACUAUCACUCGCAAUCGAAUUGGUCCAUUUAUUUGAAAAAAUAAGCUUGGCAGAAAAUAAUACUAAACGAGCCAAGAUGGAAGAAAUUACGAGCUGGUACCAAUAUAGAAAGCAUUUCAAAAAAAGACUUGAUGAUAUCUUAUCCGAAAAUCAAAAAAAUGAUAAGAGAGCCUAUGAUUUAGCAAGUGAGCAGGUUUAUGAUAAAAUGCUACAGUAUCUUUCAGCACAAUUGAAGAAGAUAAAAUUAAGUGAAUUAAAACUUAUAGUGCAAAUAAACUCUCGAAGUUAA